AUGGAUAAAUUAUUUAUGGAAAAUUUUCAAAUAAAAGGAGAAACAUUUAUAAAUAAAAAUUAUGAUCACUCAAUUUUUUAUUUUGAAAUUAAAAAAGUAUUAGAAACUUUAUUGAAUAAAAAGCAAUUUUUUAAUAGAAUUGAUUUUGAUACACAUUUUGAAACUGGAAUUUAUACAAAUUAUAAAAGUGGUCAACAAUUUAAAGAUUCGAAAAAUAAAAAUAAAAAUAAAAUUGUUUUACUUAGAAUAUUCACUGAUAGUAUGCGGUGUCAAUACAAGAAAGAUUAUUCUAUAAUGCUGGAUAUAGAAAAUUAUAUUGGAAAUGAAUUUAAAAACAAUAAAUUAUUAUUAUUUGUAGUACCAAAUGAUUGGUUACUUAAUUUUCAUCAAACCAUUAUGACAUUGUUUUCAUCUUUUAUUGGUAUUGGCUUUAAUUUAAUUAUUGAAAACGAACAAAUAGAUGUUGUACCGUUGGGACUGACAAUGGAUAUUCCAGAAUUUAGAGCAUCGUGUAAACUUAAUGGACAUAAUUCAAAUGAAUAUUCAUGUCACACAUGUGACAAGCCAAGAGAUGGUUUAUUUAUUUGCCAAUCAGGUACAUUAUGA